AUUCCCGUUUUAAUCUUCUCGCAGGGCUUCUAGUAUUUACCCCACUAUAUUUCACCAUUUAUAAAUCUGUUGAUAACCUCAGGUGAUAUCGUUUAACUUUAUUAAAUAUAAUUAUUCAAACAGAUAGUCAUGACACAUAUAAUACAAUCAAUAAAGAACAUCACGUCUUCAACCACAGAUUCAAAGAUUAAAGAUGCUACCAAUAUAGAGCCGUUGGGUCCAUACAACCAUGAACUAAUAGAACUCGCACAGCUUACUUUCCACAAGAAAGAUUUAUCCGUUAUAAUAUCAGGAGUAACUAAGCGUUUGAACCCAUUAGUCAAGAUAGCAAAUGAGAAAAGCGGUCAACCUCAGCCCUCCACUAUCGAAUCCCAAUCCAUGAGAAGGUCAACUUCCUUAACACUACCAUCCUUUCACUUAAAGCAUGAUAGUGUACCCUCUCGUUCCAACACUUUCGCUCUAUUUUCUCGGAAGGACAAGUGCCAUUAUGAUUUGGAUGAAAAGACCAGCCUCAGUCUAUUGAAAACAUGUGCAGUUGUAUUGUAUCUCCUUCAGAAUGGCUCACACAAUUAUGUUGAUUGGAUGCAAAGUAAUUACCAUACAUAUUUUAUACCAUUGAGGAAGUUAUCCUACCCUCCCAAAUAUUAUGAAACAAUUCGGUAUAAAUUACGCAAGAUAAUCAAUUUCAUGGAAUAUCCUGAACAGUUGCAAGAUAAUAGAAAUCAUAUCCAUAAGUUGCGAACUGAUAUCAUGACACCUGGAGUUAAGAGAACCUCCUUGGAUAUCGACUUAUUACACGUUCAACAACAGCAAUCACCAUUACGAGAGAGAAGAUAUUCACUCGAUCGGGAGUACACUUUAGCAUCACCUCCACCAGGUCCAUUUGGAUUCACUUCUCUUCCCGGUACAGUAAACGAAGUCUCGAUGGCACCUCGAAGUUCACUACACGAACCAGGAAAGAGGCGUUCUUCUCAUUCGCGUAUGCAGCCAGAGCAUCCGUCCUCACCUCCUAGAACGCCCAACCCACGUCGAUUAUCUUCAAUGUUCUAGAAACGAUUUUCACAUGUUACAAAAGAAAAAAACAGCUUUCAUACACUUACUUCCCUACAACAUUGCAUGUAUAUUUUUAUUUAUAAGGUCAAUUGGUUCAUGCUACGUCAUGCAAGGGUCAUUAUCAGAGAAACACGCAAUUUUUCUCGGAUAUUAUUGUUAUACGCCUGGUUAGAAACGGCUUAUUAUUUAUUUUGUUAGUUUAUUAUUUUUAAUUAUUUAUUUUCUCGGGAACUCAUCAUGAAUUUCAACGCGCUAUCCUCUUAAUGGAUUGAACAUGUGUGU